AUGAUCUCCUCGAAGUCGUUCGCAUCCCAUCCGUACGUUCUCGUCGGCGUCAUAGGAGGAGCCCUGCUAUUGAUGGGAGCGGCUCUGGCGCUCGCCAUCGGAGUACAUCGCAAAAAGCAGCGCAAGCAAUACGAGUGUCUGCCGUACUCGAAUCAGAACCAGGUGUUCACUUACGCGACGGUGUCUCCGCCGGAACGGAAACUCUCCUCCGUGUCCAUACGGAGCAAUGAAAGCAUCUGUAUCUACGCGACGGCGGCAAGUCCCAAUAGUGGGAAUGAUCGCUCCAUUGACUUCGUCGUACCCCCUAUGCUGUCACCGGGCAGUGCGAUGGAGGACCAUCUUUUGACGCCCCUAGGAGACAUGCCUCUCGGCGAACGACUCUCCUUCUCCGGUGCGUCAGGAGAGAAAGCGGCACUUUUGGCAUCCGCAGCUGCUCACCUGUUCGGCGGUCUCAAUCCUGAACUAUACCGAGAGCCUUGCGAUUCGGACGAGUACGACUUCCCAGAAGGACAUCUCGGACGGAUUUGGUUCGGUCUCGACUACGAUGCGCCUACAGAAAGACUACUGGUCAAGAUCGUCAAAUGUCGCAACUUGCCCUCGCGAACGCUAGGACAAUUGAAUUGCUGCGAUCCCUUCAUCAGAAUUUAUCUGAUGCCUGAUGAACGUCGGUAUCUUCAAACGAAGUACAAGAAAAAAACGUGUAAUCCAGUGUUCGACGAAACUUACGUGUUCCAGAUACCGAAUCGACAUAUGGACGAGAGAGUUCUGAAAUUGACCGUUGUCGACAACGAACGCGGGAAGCAUCAUAAUGUCAUCGGACACGCGCUGUUCCCUCUGAAACAGUUGGAUUGGAACUGCGGGGAGAACACCCUCGUCACUUGGAAAGACCUGAACAAAGAGGUAGCCUUGGAAACCCAUGACGAACGCCGAGGAGACCUCCAUAUCGGCUUGGCCUUUCACACGAACCAGGAGAGGUUGACGAUCACCAUCAUGGAAGCGAAGGACCUGCCGGACGUUUUAGCAGGUGACCUGCAUGUGAAGAUAUCGCUUCAGCACGAACACAGGGUUAUCAAGUCGAAGAAAUCGUCCAGUCACAGAGUGGCGCCCGGCGUUCAGCUGAAGUUCAUGGAAUCAUUCGUAUUCAAAGUGAAGCCCAGUCAAAUGUCCAGCGUCUCCGUGAUUAUCAAGGCAGUCAGCGACUCUCACCGAGAUAUGCAGCUGGGACGAAUCAUUCUCGGCCCCUUCAUGUUCGCCCGUGGUAAAGCGCUCCAACACUGGACGGACGCGGUCACCAAUGCCCCGAAACAAGUUCAGGAGUGGCAUCGAUUUUCCUGA